AAAGAAGCAGCCGGUGAGAGACUCUGACAGUCGAGAGCCAGAGACCGAGAGAGAAGCACGAUGUCUGAAUUCAGAAGGAUCAUAAUGUCUUCAUUCCUGAUGCUGCUGCUCCACUUUACAGCUGCAGAUGGGAAACGUUACUCCUGCAUUGUCAGAGCUGGAGAUGAAGUCACUUUGCCUUUUGACAAUGUGAUAGAUGAUCAGGAUAAGUGUGAGAGUACUACCUGGCUCUUCAGUGAUUCAAGAGGUUCAGCAGCAGUGACGCUGUUUGAAGACGGGCAGAUUCAGAACGAUUCCAAAGCUAAAUCAGACAGACUGAGAAUUACAGAGAAAUGUUCUCUGGUUAUAAAGAAGGUCACAGAGGAGGAUGUUGGUAGUUACACCUGCAGACAGUUCAACAACUCAGGACAACAACAAGGUCCAGCCUCUGUGUUUUAUCUGUCUGUUGUUACCAUGACUGAACAUCAGGACAAUGAUGAGGUGAUGUUAGACUGCUCUGUGAAGAGAUAUGGACGGUGUGAUCACUCAGUGAAGUGGCUGCUUCAGGGUCAAGACGUGGAUAAAGAUCACAGAGAGAAAAAGACAUCACAGUCUCUCUGCUCUGCCUCUGUGACAUUUCUGACUUCUCUUUUUAGUUACACAUCAGGGUCUGAGUUGUUUACUUGUGAAGUAACUGAUACAUUCACAGGAGAAGAACAUCUGUUUCUCUUCAGUCCUCAGUCCUCAGGUGAGGACAAAAAACCAGCAUCAACAAAAACAACAUCAACAACAACAGCUAAAAACAACUUGAACUCAGGUGAGGAUGCAGGGAAGGGGACUGCAGUGUCAACAACAUGGACAACAGUGAGAAUGAGAGCAGCCGGAGAGACGACCAACACUGCAUCUGAAAACAAUCAUACAGAACAAGAGGACAACAAUAAAGGUCGGUGGUGGUGGAUCAUCGUUGUGAUCGUGGGUGUUGCAGCACUCACAAUAAUCACUGUGGCUGUCAUCAGACGGAAGAGGACUCAAGGAAAUGAAACACAGACGGAUGACAACGUGGCUGAUCCUGAAGACGGUGUUUCCUACGCCUCCAUCAGCUACACCAGGAAGAGCAGCAGGAAAGCCAGGGCUCACCUUCAUGAUGAUGAUGAAGAUGAUGCAGUGACCUACAGCACUGUGGGAGCUCCCUCCUCUUCCUCUGCUGCCUCCGCUGAUCCCAGCCUCCUCUACGCCACCGUCAACAAACCAAGAAAGAAACCGAUGUAAUGUUUAAAUCAAUAGCAUGAUCGCUUGGAUCAAAGAUUUAGAGUUUAAGGGCACAGCUAGCAGAGUUUAAUCAGAUUUAUAUUAACCUUGUUUUUGCUUUUUUUUGGCUUAAAUGCAUCAAAGUGAGAGUACAGCAGCAGCUUUAUGAAAACAUGUGAGUCCCUCUAGAGGUGGAUUGUGAAAAAGGUUCAGACAUGUUGGAGAUUUACUGUAUUCUUAAUACUUAGAGCAUGGGCAAAACGUUUUUUUUUAAUUAAUUCUUGCCUGGUUUUACUAACUGUUGUUUAGUUAUAUCAUUUAAUGGAAUAUUGCAUUUUCUUUAGUAUAUUUGAUUGUGUUGUAUUUUACCAAAUGAAGUUACCUAAUAGCCUUACCAGACUGCAGAUGUAUUUCCUUGUAACACCUUUUCAGUGAAAUAUGUUUUGCUUUGUUUGGAGUUUUGUGUUGGAAAUAAAAAACGUUCUCAGGUGAAAAUAAACUCUUUUAAAGGUG